UGUCUCUCCCUAAUGAACAUGCAGAAUAUUCGAACUAUUUGUUUAAUAGUUUGCAUGCUCUCUUACCUACUUGUUGGAGCCGCCGUGUUCGAUGCCCUGGAGUCGGAGAACGAGAGUGAAAGAAAGAAAAUGUUGGAGCUGAAACUGAACGAGUUAAAGAAGAAGUAUGGCUUCUCUGAUGACGAGUACCGUGAAAUUGAAAAAGUGGUUUUACAGUUGGAACCCCAUCGAGGAGCGAGGCAGUGGAAAUUCGCUGGAUCGUUUUACUUUGCAAUCACAGUUAUCACAACGAUAGGGUACGGCCAUGCCGCCCCUGCCACAGACGCGGGCAAAGCCUUCUGCAUGUUCUACGCCCUGCUCGGCAUCCCCCUCACCCUGGUCAUGUUCCAGAGCCUGGGCGAGCGCAUGAACACCCUCACGCGCUACCUGCUGAGCCGGCUGAAGCACUGCCUGGGCCUGCGGCGCACGGCCGUCUCCAUGGGCAACAUGGUGCUGGUGGGCUUCCUGUCCUGCCUAAGCGUGCUGUGCGUGGGUGCCGCCGCCUUCUCCUACUUCGAGGGCUGGAGCUUCUUCCACUCCUUCUACUACUGCUUCAUCACGCUCACCACCAUCGGCUUCGGCGACUUUGUGGCGCUGCUGAAGCGCGAAGACCUGCAGACCGACACGCUCUACGUGGCCUUCGGCUUCCUCUACAUCCUGGUGGGGCUGACGGUCAUCGGGGCCUUCCUCAACCUGGUGGUGCUGAGGUUCCUGACGGUCAACAGCAGCAGCAGCAGCAGCUCCGACGGGGGCGAGGUGGAGGUGGCAGCUGGAGGAGGGGGACCAAGGUGUGGGAAGACGGACGAGAGGGCUUUAGCGAUGCCAGGCAUGCUGGAGAACGGGGUGUUGUGUAGCGGGAACAGCUUGCUCUCCCUGCCAGCUGGAGGAGGAGGAGGCAGCAGCAGCAGCCGCACCAACCUCAUCCCCUUGCCGGACAACAACAACACCCGACGAAGGUCCCUCUCUGGUGGGAAGAAGAGACGGAAAACCUCGGAAAAGGUGAAGCCGGCACGCCGUCCCUCUGGGUUUCUGUCCCUCUGCUCGGCUGUCUGCUGUCCUCGGCCACAGCAGCAUGGGGAGAAGAGCGCCCUGUCCUCCCAGCCGGCUCUUCCCAGAGGAGGUGGAGGGUGGACGGUCACGGGGCCGCCUGCUCCCGCAGCUCGCGGGCCCCCUCCUGGGGCCUCUCCGCCUACUCGUCCCCCUGUGACUCCCUGUGCCUGA